AUGAAGAUUCUCACCAAGGAAGAAGAAGCCGCCCACUACAAUGCCGUCCUUCGUGGUGGUAUUACCGGAGGAGUCGUCGGUACCGCUGUCGGUCUCGGAACUGCCAUGGUCCUCUCCAGGCGCUGGCCGUUCUUCAAGCAGCUCACCCUACCCUUCAAGGCCUUCUUCGUCACCUCCACCGGUACCUUCGCCGCAAUCAUCCAGGCCGACCGCUACUCGCGCGGCUUCGAGGCGGACCGCCAUUCGGAGCUCCUCCAGUACAAGGAUGCGACAGCGAAAGCUCUCGAGGAGGCCCGGCGCAACAGGACCCCUAUGCAGAGGGCCAUGGAUUGGGGGAGGGAGAACAGAUACACCAUUGUGACGGCGAGUUGGGUUGCGUCCAUGGCGCUCAGCUUGGGGCUGGUCAGCAGGAACAAGUACCUGACGGGGCCGCAGAAGUUGGUGCAGGCGAGAAUGUACGCCCAGGGUUUGACCCUGUUGGUGUUGGUUGCGAGUGCUGGGUUUGAGGUGUCGGAUGCGAAGAAAGGGAAGGGCAACUAUGAGACUGUCAAGAUCUUGGAUCCGGAUGACCCGUUGCACAAGCAAUUGAUCGAGAAGAAGAUUCACCAUGAGAGCUACGCGGGAGAGGACUUAUGGAAAGAUAUGGUUGAGGGUGAAGAGAGGAGGUUGCGCGCACGCAAGGAAGCUGCUGCUGCCGCCGCUGCAGGGCGGUCAUAA